CAAUCAACUAUCCUGUAAGUUUAGGGUACCGUCGUAAGUCCUCUCCUCCGUUCCUCACGCCGUUACAGGUGUUACCCAGGCGCGCGAACGAUACCGUGGUUGGAAAUGAAGUACAUGGGAAGAGGACUAAUUUUUAGAGUCGUAAUGGUCUUAUCGUUUUUCUCACGCGGCUUACUUUGGACUUUUCGAGAGGAUCAAGAUGACAGAGAGACCUGCUCAGAAAACAAAAUUGCUACAACAAAAUAUCCUUGCAAGAAGUCCACUGGGGAAGUAACGACAUGUUACAGGAAGAAGUGCUGUGAAGGGUUCAAGUUUGUGCUGGGACAGUGCAUUCCUGAAGAUUACGAUGUGUGCGCUGACGCCCCUUGUGAACAGCAGUGCACGGACCACUUUGGCCGUGUGGUGUGUACCUGUUACCCAGGAUACCGCUAUGACCGCGAGCGUCACCGGAACCGGGAGAAGCCGUACUGUCUUGAUGUGGACGAGUGCGCCAACACAAACGAGACGCUGUGCUCGCAGAUGUGCGUGAACACGCCGGGCAGCUACAGGUGUGAGUGUGAGAAAGACUUCUUCCUGGAGGACGACGGCCGGACGUGCACGCGGGGGGAGCGAGCUUCGCACUUCGACAAGUCCGACAACGUGAUGAAGGCCUCGAUGUGCGAGGCGACGUGUGAGGACUUUCAGCAGAUCAAGAUGACCGUCAUGCAGCUCAAGCAAAAGAUGGCCGUGAUGCCCAACAAUGCAGAAAUCACCAAGCAGAUGACCAGUGAGAAAAGGCUGACUUCACACGCCUACUUGCAUGGACCCCCUGGGCAGCCCGGACUUCCAGGAUCUCCAGGCCCCCAAGGCUCCGCUGGACCACCAGGGAUGGAGGGGCCUCCUGGGUCUCCAGGGCCCCGGGGCCUCAUGGGGCCCAUCGGGCCCUCCCCAGAUCUGUCCCACAUCAAACUGGGCCGCCGGGGCCCGAUGGGUCCCCCCGGUGCCCCCGGGAAAGAUGGCAUGAAGGGGGAGAGAGGGGCUCCUGGCCUUUCCGGACCUCCAGGGCCUCCAGGAUCAUUUGACUUCCUGCUGCUCCUGAUGGCUGACAUCCGUAAUGACAUUGCGGAGCUGCAGAGCAAGGUGUUCGGCCGCCAGAUGCACUCCCCUGGAGAGGACUUCCCUCAAGACACGGACAGCUGGGGGGACGGUGCGGACAUGCAGGACAUAGGCUCCGGAGAGGACUACAAAUCCCUGCCAGCCCCAAAAAGCAACAGGAAGAGGAAACAGUCGUAUAUUUUAAAUGAUCCAAACUGGACAGUUUGAGAUCAGUGUGAUGAGAGCGAACUGAUAACAAAAUAAUGAAAAAUACUCAGCUGGUGUAAAUAUCAAAAUGAUUUUAUUUAAAGGGCAGAAUGUAUUUCUUUUUUGCAAAUUCUAUUUUUGUAAGAUGAAUAUGUGUAUAUUGUUUAUAUUUUUGGUCAUCACCUUAUUCCUUUGUUUCACUGUACCCUUUAAUCAAUAGUAGGCUAUUAUUCAUUGUAAAUUGUGUUGAUUGUACACGCAUGACUUUGUGUCUCAGAAGUCAGUGAUUUGUCCCUGUCUCCAAAUCUGGACGUGUUUCCCUGGAAUUCCUUUGCUUCUUCCUCACAUUGCAACACGCGUGACCCCAAGAGCACUGAGCAGCAGAGCGUGUUAUAAUGAGAGUUUAAGCAAACACUUUGUACAUCGUACUCAAUACAACUUUACACACCCACCGCACCCACAUUACACAUGCGCGCACACACACACACACACACACACACACACACACACACACACACACACACACACAUACUGUACAAACACACACAAACAUCUGUGAUUUGACUGAUGAAACAGCCCCACACACACACACACAACCUUUGAUUACUUCUUGAUUAGAAAAAGAUGUGAUGAAUUAAUUUGCAGACUUCUCCUCCUUGAGUGUACAUUUGUCUAUAUGUUUUUCCUAAAUUCACCUGUCAUAUAGACAUGAUAAUACCACACUCUAAACAAGAAAUUGGAAUUUGGUUCAUGGAUACCAUAA